GUAAAAAUGAUUCCUUUUUUCCCGAAACUAACACCCCCCAUUACGCAUAAUAUUUGGUUUGAUGUGGACGUACCACGAGAUGAGGAGGCUGAAAUAUCAAAUCUGGAGGAAAUUCAGAAUGAGCAGAAUUAUUUACUAACUCAGGCUGCUAGCGAUCUACCCCCAUUAGGGAAAGCUCCACAUGAUCAUGCAGAAUGCCCGGAUUCUGAUGAUGACGCCAACGAAGAUAGCGAGGAUGAGGAUAGUCACGAUGAGGAAGAUGAGGAUGAUAUUGAUGUAAUUGAUAGUACACAGACAACCGUAGAGCCAGAUGGUGCCAUUGAAUAUCCAACAACUACCCCAGAGGCUGCACAAAACAGGAGUAUUGAUCUGGGAGAAACAUCUCAAUCAUCCAUGAUGAAUAUUACAAUGUAAAAUUUAUUAAAAACAUUCUACCUUUAUAAAUUAUAUCAUAG